GGAAACAGUCUGAGAUCUAGUCAUGGUAAAGGGGAGGGGGUGAUCCGCAACACAACAGGAGAUAAGCUUCAUUUGUUCAUACUUCAACCACUGAGGCUCUACUGCAUCUUCGCCAUAUAUAAACGCGAUGAAAUUAAGUGAAAACAUGGCAUGAGCUCGACGGAAACCAGCAGCACCGACACAUCUACGUCCUUUUAAUAACCGGACGCGCGUUUCCUCUCCGGUUUGCCGACUUUGUAGUGUUCGGGAUGGGUAAGGAGGUGAACGGCGUCUCUCGGAGUCGCUUUGAGAUGUUCUCCAAUAACGAUGAGGCUGUUAUCAACAAGAAGCUGCCGAAGGAACUGCUGUUACGAAUCUUUUCAUUUCUGGAUGUAGUCACACUUUGCCGCUGCGCACAAGUCUCACGAUCAUGGAACCUGUUAGCCCUGGAUGGCAGUAACUGGCAGCGCAUAGACCUCUUUGACUUCCAGAGAGACAUUGAGGGUCGUGUGGUGGAGAACAUCUCAAAGCGGUGUGGAGGCUUCCUAAGGAAGUUGAGUCUUAGAGGAUGUCUCGGAGUCGGAGAUAGUGCACUCAGAACAUUUGCCCAGAACUGCAGAAAUAUUGAGCUGCUCAGCCUCAAUGGCUGCACCAAGAUCACUGACAGUACCUGUAACAGCUUGAGUAAAUUUUGUCCCAAACUGAAGCACUUGGAUCUUGCCUCCUGCACCUCAAUCACGAACCUGUCCCUCAAAGCUCUGAGCGAGGGCUGUCCUUUGCUAGAGCAGUUGAACAUCUCGUGGUGUGAUCAGGUGACCAAAGACGGCAUACAAGCGCUUGUGAGAUGUUGUCCGGGACUCAAAGGCCUGUUCCUCAAGGGCUGCACACAGUUGGAAGACGAAGCACUUAAGCAUAUUGGAGCACAUUGUCCAGAGCUGGUCACACUCAAUUUGCAGACAUGUUCACAGAUCACAGAUGAAGGUCUUAUAACCAUCUGUCGUGGGUGCCAUCGGCUGCAGUCUUUGUGUGUGUCUGGCUGUGCAAACAUCACAGAUGCUAUUCUCAAUGCCUUGGGCCAAAACUGCCCCCGUCUCAGAAUAUUAGAGGUGGCUCGCUGCUCUCAGCUUACAGAUGUAGGCUUCACCUCACUAGCACGGAAUUGUCAUGAACUAGAAAAGAUGGAUUUAGAAGAGUGUGUACAGAUUACAGAUGGAACACUCAUCCAGCUAUCUAUACACUGCCCUCGACUACAGGUUCUGAGUUUGUCCCACUGUGAGCUGAUCACUGAUGAUGGCAUCAGGCAGCUGGGCAGCGGACCCUGUGCUCAUGACCGACUGGAGGUGAUCGAGCUCGACAACUGCCCGCUCAUUACAGACGCUUCAUUAGAGCACCUGAAAACCUGUCACAGCCUGGACCGCAUCGAGCUGUAUGACUGUCAACAGAUCACCCGCGCCGGCAUCAAACGCUUGAGGACUCACUUGCCCAACAUUAAAGUUCACGCCUACUUUGCACCCGUGACUCCGCCUCCUUCGGUGGGCGGGAGCCGCCAGAGAUUCUGUCGCUGCUGUAUCCUUCUAUGAUGUAAAGCGGACUGUGCAUCUUGACCUCUCACCCCCUGAUCCACCUAGAGCACGUGCUGGUGGGUCCCCGGUCAGAGCGGAUGGGAGUGACCGAGAGACAUACAGUACUCCACACCCAGUCAUGAGCUUUAAUCAACACUACAGUCCAUUCAGUGGCUUUAUACAAGACUCUUAUAGGGUAAUUAAAGUGGACAAAUUGGGGGAAUGUGCUACUUUGUUCAUUGCAAACUAUUUGGAGAAGAGAACAAUGGGGCCUUUAUGAAAAACAUUUGGCCGCUUGUUAUUGGAUGGACCACCUCGAUUUGAUUCGAGAUCAUGGUAGAAACAGGAGACGAUCACAAGGUAACCAGCUCAUCUUUCUUGCCCCUAAACACACAGUAAGGGUGGUCUUUAACCUGUGAGCCCCUCAUGACACACAUUCAAACACAUCUCUCACAUAUACAUACAAAUGGAUUCUCUCUUUCUCUCUGUUUGUGUUGCUCUCAGUGGCUUUGUUAAACUUAGAGCAGAGACUGAAUAUUUUUAAAGCAUGAUUAUCUUCCAAGUCUUGCUUUUUGUUUUUUAUCUGUCUUUACCUGGAGAUCUAUUCGGAAGGCGUCAGAGUUACAAUCUAGAUACGGGGGCAGAUUUAGGCAAGUGGGAAACUGUGAACUGUGUUCAGCUGAAGAGCGAGUGUCUCGCAUGCAGCACUGAAGUGUGUGCGUGUGAAGAUCUCUUCGUUCGUGAUGAUGGAGAGAACGACAGUGGGCUUCACUCAUGAAAGAAGCAGAAUGAAUUUCUCUCAUAAAUCCAUUACUUCACCUUGGCCUGUGGUUCUUAAGAAAAUAAAUGCACUUUUCACGUUCGCAUUAAUUUAUUUAAAUAAACUAAAUAAAAUUAAACAAAUAAAAAUAAAUAAAAUAAAUAAUACCAAAUACAUCCUUUGAGAUGUGGUGGAAAUGAUCUGGAUUCAGAAAAAUUACAGUUCAGACAAUGCGUACAUAUAUAUACAUACACAUAUAUUGUGUGUGUGUGUGUGUGUAUAUAUAUAUAUAUAUAUAUAUAUAUAUAUAAUAUAUAUAAAAUAUAUAAUAUAUAUAAUUAUACAUAUAAUUAUUACUUUUUUUUAAACUGAUAAAAUACUAAUAUAUAAAUGUUUAUUUUAUCAGUUACACUUAAGUUGAACUAUCAUUUCCACCACAUCUCAAAGGAUGUAUUUGGUAUUUAUUUUAUUGUGUGUGUGUGUGUGUGUGUAUGUGUAUAUAUAUAUAUAUAUAUUAGAGAUGCACCGAUAUAUCGGGCAAUAUCGGUAUCGGCCGAUACUUCAAAAACAGCCGAUAAGAAACCAGUUUGAUGUUCAAUAUUAAUAGGAAUUAUAUGAAUUAAUAGUUUAGUUAAUUUGUGUUAAUAUUAAUUUGAGUAAUGUGUUUGUUUAUAACUGAUACCAGUUACUCUGAAUCAAGUUGAUGAAAUGGAAAGAAUAAAGUUUUUAUUUGCAUUUCUUUCAAAAUAUAAUAAUUAAAAAUAUAAUGAUUAAUUAUUAAUUAUAAUGAAAUUAGCAUUAAUUUAAAAGAAGGUAUAAAGGGCAGAACGGUAUCGGUAUCGGCAGAUAUCACUCUAAAUAAUCGGCUAUGGGUAUUGGUGGAGAAAUUCAGUAUCGGUGCAUCUCUACAAUAUAAAUAUAUAUACUUAUAUAUAUAUACUUGCUAACAUUUUAUCAUAUAUUAUCAUAUAUUGUCUCAAGCAUCAUCAUUGACACUCAGAUGAAUGACAAAUAUUGAAGUGGUUUGUUUAGAUCAUAUUUAUAAAAAUGUAAUAAUAUUUUUAUGAUGGAUUUUCACAGUUUAAGAUUGAAAGUCUGGGUCUAGGACAAAGGAAAAACAACAGAAGACAUUUAAAAAAUAAAAUCGAUAGUGAAGGCACGACAGUUUAAAACUUACCACUGAAAUAUACAAGUCCUCACAGCUGAAGAAACACCAAGAUUAAUUUUUGAAGGAAUGGUUUACAAACAAUUUACACAGUGAUUAAUUGGUUGAUGUGUUUCAUGAAUGAGGCCUGAUGUGUUUUAGCUGUGUUUGUUUUCACGUCUCCUCUGAUUGUUCUGUGUCCUCAAAACAAAGCGAGCAAGUGAAUCAACCAUCAACAUGUACUUUACAAUCAAUCAUCCGCUGGCUUAUAAAGUACACAAACAUACUGAUUUCUGAGCGGUUGUACUCCGAUUACGAAAACAAUCAAAAGCGUUUGUUUUAGAAUGGUUUGUUUGUUUGUACUUGUUUUCAUCAUGAUUGUGGUCAUUUCAGUUUAGCCUCUGUUUGGAGUCACGUCAGGCCACUUGUGAAAAUGUUAGUGUCUGUUUUUCUUUUUGCUAAUUUUUGUAGGCAAGCAUUAGAUUGAAAUGUGUUACUAUAUAUGUAGAAUAUUUUGAUAGGGCUUUAUGAAAUAAUAUGGAUGAGCUGGAGGCGAUGUGGUGGCCUAUUUAUGCCAUUUUUGUGGCAUAAAAACUUUAAUGUUACUUGAUGAAAAUUGCAAUUACAAUAAGCCACUUUUAAUUUAAUUUCUAUUAAGUUGCUCCAGAAAAAAACUCAAGUACUCAUACUUUUACACUUUAGACAGAGAGGACCACGGCUGGGAUUAACAUACUGAACGCAUUUUAUUUCCGUCACACUCUUUAGAGAAAAGUGUUUCAGCUGAUCAGAAUCAUAUAUGCAAAAAAAAAAAAAAAAAAGCUGUAUUUUGAAGUAGGUUUUCUUUAUGAUAGUAUGAGACUCAUAGAUGUCAUCAGAUUCUUUGUCUUUUUUUUUGGUGAUGUUCUGUCCGGUAUGUAGCACGCCUUUUCUUUUUAAUCUGUUUAAUUUUCCAGUUUUUGUUCUCGACUUUUAACUUUAAAACAAAUCCUCCGUUUGCAAUCAGAGAUAUGUUUGUCCAGUCCAGUGUUUUUGGACCCUGACACGAUCAUAUUCAGCCGUGUAUGAGAUCAUUGUGUGUUUUGGGUUUUAGGGAGUCACUAACCAUUCUGUGAUUUACGGCACCUAAUCUCUUUUGUGAUACCUGAGAUUCUUUACAUUUUAUGCAUAUAUAAGUUAUCAUAACUAUUUUCAGUGUAGUUCACAAUAUGUCUGAUCAUUUGAGAGCAUACAAUCACUGAUCAACAAGAUGCUCUCAGAGCAAAACAACAAUGUUGACAUGUGAAUCACAACAAUCUUUCUAGAGACAAGUACUAAUUGACAGAGGCAGUUGUUUGUUAUAUACAGCUUCUGAACAGAUUCCCCUGUGCUUUCUUCAGGCAUGCUAGAACUUGCAGAGCUGAAAGUAUUUACAUUAAACUACAUCUGAGCCAUCCUGGAGAAAUUAGGAGAAAUCCAUUGAUUCUAGGUGGAAGCAUUUGCGAAAAGUAUUAUGUCAGUGAUAAAUUGACUAUAUGAGAUAUGUUUUUAUAAAGAAAUGAAGCUUAUUUUAAGACAAUUAAGAUUUUUGCCUUGUGACAUUAUUUCUUUAUUUCCAUAUAAUUAAGGAAGAUAUAUAUAUAUAUAUAUAUAUAUAUAUAUAUAUAUAUAUAUAUAUAUAUAUAUAUAAUAUACAGUCAAACCAAAAUUUAUUCAGACACCUUGAACAUUUCAUUCAUUAAUACAGUUUAUUCACUAUAGUUUAAAAAAAAUGGUAAUUAAAAUAUGACAAGAUCUCACAGUUAAACUGUGUCAGAAAAAAAUGAUCUUAAAUUUUGUCAGAGAACACUUAAGCAAAAUAUGGUCAGGUCAAAGUGUCUGAAUAAUUUUUGGUUCCAAAUUUUUUUUAUCAGUUUUACUGGUAGUCCACUGUAUGAUUAAUUUUUGGGUAUAAUAUGUCACAGUUUACUUUUUUGCUAUCCUUACUUACAUAAAUGAACUGUAGUGUCCUGCACUCACUAGUAAAAAUAUAUCAAAAAUAUAAAAAAUGUCUGAAUAAUGUUUGGUUUGACUGUGUGUAUAAUAUAUAUUUUAGGGAUGCACCGAUGUAUCGGCCGCCGAUAUUUAUUGGCCGCCUUUUGCUCAGUUUACAACCAUCUGCAUAUCGGCUGUAGCAGGAAAAACGCCGAUAUAACAAACCGAUGGUUUAUAAAUUAACUGUGUGAAGGCACUGCUGUAUAAUGUCUGUUGCGUAAUCCUAGCGCUGCUGUCUGCGCUUUAAAGUUAAUAAAAUAACAAAAGAUUGCACACUAUUCUUGACUAAAUAACUUUCAUAAGUAUAGGGGACCCCAUCAGAAUGAUGACCAAAACUUUACUGAUGUUUUAUUAAGUUUAUUGUGUCCGUUUUCACUCCUAACAAAUCAUCACAAAAGCUAAACAUUACAGAGCACAAGAAGUGCGCAUUAAACUCUCUCUCCCUCCAUUGCAUUAUCAUCAACAUAUAGCGAAUUAUUCAAAACACUUAUUACAACUAACAGUAAAUAAAUACAUACAGAUCUUAUGCCUUUUCGGGGGAUGCUUAAUAAACGGACAAACUCUAAAUCUGCAAAAAAACUCUGAAGAAUUAAGUGCACUCCUUGUCAGUCCGUAGACUAAAACACCCGUCAAAAUAAGAGUCCCGCCUUAGUAAAGGAAAUAGUGCAGAUCUCAUACAUAUUUAAACUUACAAAACAAAAUUAAAAUGUAUACAAAAACAAAUUAGAAAAUUAAUCACAACAAAGUCUGUUACAAUAAAGAAGGAUUAAUAUGUAUUUAAUUUAUACAGUGAAGAAUAUGCAGUGCUAUUUUACAUUUGUUUACUUCAUUUCUGUCCAUGAAAACUUUUAAACCUACCUAAAAAGCACUGUUUAUUUCAUAUAUAUCUUUGUUCUGUUGUCUUUAUGUAGGCCUGCUGAAUGUUAAAUGGAUCCAAUUUAUGUUCAUUAAAAAUUAUUUGAUGAUGCAGCAAUAAACCUGCUAGUAUAUUAUAAUGCAGGUGUUUUUGAACUUUGAUUAUGUAAAACAUGAUCAAAAUACUAUCUAUUUUGAUGACAAAAUUUCAUAUAAGAGAGGAAGUGACAAAUAUCGGUAUCGGCCAAUAAUUGUUUGUUAAAAUCUGUAUCGGCCCCCAAAAAUCAUAUUGGUGCAUCCCUAAAAUAUAUAUAUCCUGUCCUUGAUUCCUAUGACUGACAGUGCUAGUCAAAGCAGUUGCGUCUUGUUCCAUGUUCACAACAAUUAUUCUGUCUUUUCAAUAUAAAAGUCUUCGCCACUGAAUGACACACUCAUAAAGACAGUCUUUGCCGCCAUCUAAUAGCGUAAUAAAGUAACUUCUGUUGCUGUUCAUGGUCAGGGACUAUUUUUUCCGGCAGAAGGAAGGCUUUUGGUGAAAGUUUACUUCAUGAAAGUUGCAUUACAACAUAUUUUUUGGCUUUAAUAUUUGUAUUGUGUGGUAACUGUUUUAUAAAAGCAAUAAGGUACUCGAGGCUAGUGCUGUAUCGUGAAUAAGUCACAGCUAAAGGGGUUGCAAUGAUGCCCUUCAGCCGUGACUUAUUCAAGAUACAGCACAGCCUCUCCUACCUUAUUGCUUAUAUUUAUAUACAGUAUAUAUAUAUAUAUGCUAAAAUGCAUGUUUGCCCACUCUUGGACAUCAAAUUAAGUAAACUAUUCAAUAAAUACUUUACACUUUAUUUUAAAAUGAAUAUAUUUUUUAAUUAACUGGUUCAUUAAAAAAUGUCACAAUACAAAAUAUCUAAAUGGUACUAGAAUGGCUUUCUUUCUUGUAAAAACAAAAAAAAACAACAACAAAAAAAACAAAACAAAUUUUGUUCUCUUGAUUUCUUGAUUUUGGGCUGAAAUGUGACCUGUUUUUUCAUACAUAUUCCUUUCACAAUGAAUGUUGUCAUGUUUUGCUUUCAGGAAUGCCAUUAGGGAAGCUUGCAGGCCAAUUAAAUUGUUCAGUACAUUACUAAAACAGGAUCUUAUUACAGAGUUUUGCACUGCGUUAAGUUGUUUUAUUCUUUUCUGAAACCUGUCGCCAUUAUAUUGACGAUACAUUUUUUCUGCUUUUAGAUUUUCUCGCAUAAACAGACAUGUUGACAAGGAAUAUUCUGUCUCUGUGUUUAAUGUCUGUGCCCCUUCUUUACAUUUGUCUUUUAUUAAGGUUGGCGUUCGCAUGAAUCAUGAACCGCUGCACUAUGACACAUUAUAACUGAUGUGCUUGUAUCUAACUCCAUAAUACCAGUAUUGUCAUUUUUAAAUAGUAGUAUUGCAGACAUUGAGUUGACACACUAGAAACUAUUUUAUUAUACUGAAAAGGCCACGAAGCGUUGACAUCAUUUAUUUAUAGUCAACAAUACCCUAAAUAGUUCUGCUGUCACAUGCAGUUUUCAUGUUAUGUUCAAAAACAUUCUGCCCCUUGUUCCCGUUUUGUUGGAUUUGACCUAAUAACCUCUGUCUGUUUCUCUGUCUAUCUGUCUGUCAUUCUCUCAUAAACACACACACACACACAGACACACACACACACACUCUCUCUCUCAAUCAACCUUGUUAUCAAUGAGUGUGUAUAUCUUGUGGAGUUCUUGGGCUCUGGAUCUUGGGAUACACAGACACAUUUACAAUCUGGGGGUCACGGUUUGAGACCGUAAAAUGAGUGAUCAGGGCGACAUGGACGUUAGAUUUUGGUCCUUGGGGAUUAAAAACAGUCACAGAGACAGUACUUCAUUUUUUUUUUUUAUACAAUUAACCAAUAUAAAUGGAUAUGGCAGUAUGAAUAAAUAUAUAACUAUAUAUUAUUAA